AUGAAGACAUUCUCGACUAUUUCACGUUUUGCGAUAUUGAUUGGGCUGCCAAUGGUAUUCUGUGCGCCAAAUUUGCCCGUUUCCGAUCUUGCAUUGCGAGAAGAAGGAAAACCAACAGACCCAGGCUUGCAAAUCCCAGAUUUUGAUGGCUCUGGUGAAGUCGAAUUCGAAGGCCGUGCUUUUCUCAACGGAGCCAACGUAUCAUUUGUUGGGACUGCGGAGAGGUUCUACAAUCACUUAUUGUCUCUCAACCCCAACUAUGACGAAGACUUCAAGGACAUCAUCGCAGCUCAAGAUGCAGAGACCGAUGCUGAGCUUGCGGAGAUGAUGAACGAUUCUGAAAAAGCCGAAUUCGACGAUUUCAUGAAAGGAGCCAAUGCAACUUCUCUUGAUAAGAGGGCCCACAAGAACUUCAGAAGGCAAUGCGAGAGUGAUAAACGUGGCUCUAUGCCCAAGCCAUGGGGUUAUAAUUACCGGUAUCUGAAGAAGAUAAACGCCAUGUGUAAGGCUCCUGCUGGUGGUUGUAAGCGAACGACAUGCCGAGGGACGUCUGGUAUCUGGCUUUGCAACAAUAAGGACUCUGGAGAAGUCUCUGUUCGUUGCGAUAGAGUCGCCGCGCUGUCGAAAUUUGCUGUCCAUGGCUGCUACCAUCAAUUGCCUAACAACGGAAAAUUUGCCUUUGGCGUCACGAGUGCUUGGGUACAAGGUCAGAAGUAUAAAGUCUGGGUUGAGCGUACCAGCACGAAUACUUGCGGCGAAUAG